AUGUCCAUUAUUGCUGUUGUAAUUUUGAUGGCUGGGGCCUGUCAACUUGUGAGUGCUAAAAAUGUGGACGACAUCGUCUUCAACAAACUGGUGGACAGGGUCCUGAGUUUGGAAAGGACUCAGGACGACAAAAACACAAAACUGGAGGCAGAAAUGAAACAACUUAAAAAAGAAAAUCAGCAGCUCAAGGAUUCUCUGAAGAGCCUUCAGUUAGUCUUAGAUCAUAACCCCAGUGAUGAAAAGAAAAUGUUGUCACCAAUGAAUGACGAAGCAUCUGGUACGGGGUCGCUGCAGACAGCUGUUGUGUGCCCACGGGCAUGCAGGGGGCUGCCAGGCAGGGAUGGCAGAGAUGGAAAACCGGGAGAUGAUGGGAAACCUGGCAGAGACGGUAGACCUGGGACAGAGGGCAAACCUGGCAAAGAUGGCAGAGAUGGUAUACCUGGGCAAAACGGAAAAGGACUGCAGGGUCCUCCCGGUCCACCUGGCCCUUCUGUGACAGACGACAGAAUCAAACAACUUAUAAAAGAACAUGGUUUACCACCUAAUACGACAGGUGGCGGAUCAGUGUACACGAGAUGGGGGAGAACUAAAUGUGGUGCCUCUUCUAAACUUCUUUAUGAAGGUUAUACUGCUGGUUCCUGGUAUGGUCAUAAAGGUGGCGCUAGCAACUACAUCUGUCUCCCUCACAACCCACAGUGGGGCAAUUACCAAGAUGGGUUCCAAAAUUCCGGCACUCACGUUCAGGGUACAGAGUACGAAAUGGGAUACUACACCAAUGAUAUUUUCCUGAAGACCAAUAAUGGGGGUAAGACUCUCAAGGACCAUAACGCUCCGUGUGCUGUUUGCUAUACCCAAGGCCGCACCAGUCAUGUGAUGAUUCCAGCCUGGAAGACAUGUCCUGCCGGGUGGACACGGGAGUAUCAUGGCUACUUGGUUGCACAACACAAUUCACAACCUAGAACUGAAUUCGUCUGUCUUGAUGAGGCUCCAGAAGUAGUUGCAGGAGGAAUGGCUAAUAAAGAUGGUGCUCUUUUCUAUGUGGGAGAAGCUGACUGCGGUCAUUCUCUCCCGUGUCCAAAAUAUGUUCAUGGAAGGGAGCUUACCUGUGUUGUGUGUUCCAAGUAAGCCAAGUGUGGUUCAAAUAUACCGUUUGAGUAACAUACAACUGUUAGUAAUCCUCAUAAUAUUAUUCAGACCACAAUGCAAUAUGAGAUCAUGUAAGACAAUAUUAACAACUCUCUCUCCCCAAUCAUAUUUUAAUGAGUACAUAUUCAGCUAGAUCGUGAAUUAUCUUAGACAUCAUGCCUUUGAUGCAAAAAAUUAUAAGCAGAUGUUGAUUUAUUGUCAUUACACGGAAGGUUGUUUGUAAUUAGACUUAAGCCAACAUAUGGAAUGAAACCACUGGCCAAUCAAAAAGGUGCCAGUUAGUCUCUUUUCCUCAUUGUUUUUUAAAAUUAAUUUUACUAAAAGACUUAUUUUGACUUACAUCAUAUAGUAAUUGGCAUA